CAGACCCAUUGAUCUCCCAAAGUGCUGUUACAAAACUGGCGGUUUUUACAGCAGUAACAUUUUGUCUGGUGGCACUCAUGAAGUGGCAUUUUAGUGGAGGAGUGUGCAAAAGCAAGGCGAGAUUAGAUGGUAAGACUGUUAUUGUAACAGGGGCUAACACUGGAAUAGGAAAGGAGACUGCUUUGGACCUAGCCAAGAGGGGUGCAAAAGUCAUUUUGGCUUGCCGAGAUGAAAAGAGGGCCACAGAUGCAGCAAAAGAGAUUAUUGCAGACACUGGAAGUGAUAAAGUCCUUGUUAGAAUUGUUGACCUGUCCUCCUUUAAGUCAGUGAGAGCCUUUGCUAAACUCAUUAAUGAAACAGAAGAAAGACUGGACAUUCUUGUGAACAAUGCAGGACUUGGAAGAAGUUACACGUUGACUGAGGAUGGAUAUGAAAGUGUUUUCCAAGUAAACUAUCUCAGCCAUUUUCUUCUGACUCUACUUCUGUUGGAAAAAAUGAAGAAAUCAGCACCAAGUCGCAUUAUCAAUGUCUCAUCCAUGGCACAUGAAGAAAUGAAUGCUGAUCUCCAGCUUGAUGAUUUUAAAUUGUCCAAGGAGAACUUUGAUCCAUUUCAACGCUACGCUCAAUCAAAGUUGGCACAGGUGGUGUUCACAAAAGAAUUAAGCCGAAGACUGGAAGGAACUGGAGUGACAGUUUAUGCUCUUCAUCCUGGUGUUGUCUCAUCAGACAUUUGGCGAAACUUGGAGAUUUUGAAGAAACCAUAUAUCAGACCAUUUGUAAUGCUGGUGAUGUUUCUGUUCUUCAAAGACUGCAAGCAAGGGGCACAGACUACCAUCUACUGUUCAGUGGCCGAAGAGCUGGAAGGUGUCUCGGGCCUUUAUUACAGUGAUUGCAAAGUCAAGGAGAGCAAUAAAUUGGCAAAAGAUCCUGGUUUGGCAAAGAAGCUGUGGGAUGCAAGUGAGAGGAUCACUGGAGAAAGUUGGAGAGAUUAAGAAUUUGAUGAUGAACAUUUUUGUAACUUGUUUUUUGGUGCAUUUCUCUAGUUACAUUUAUGGAGAUGUAUACAGUGUGGUGUCAGUAGAAGUGUUACAUGCUAUAGGCAAUCUAUAAGUAAAUGCCAAUUACUGGUAUAGAGGAUGAUAAGAAUUUAUAUCUUUAGUCUAGUUAUUUUGUACUAUUUACAAAUAAUUAUUUCUACAUUAAAGUACAUUAACAAGGAGAGACAGGCAAAUUGAAUAACACAAGUAGUGAAAAGCAAAAUGUGCACAGUGACCAAAGUAGCUUAAGCUUUGGAGUUGGUCACUGCCACAUACAAUUAAUUGGCAUGAACAUGUACAUUGUAGGCAUUUACAUGACAGUAAAAAACAAAAGCAAACUACACUCAGGAAACAAAUUGAGUGUUUAAAAGAUACAUUUUGUAUUGCUUGUAGAAACAAUAACAAUUAUUAUGGAUGUCUUUAUCACUAAAUUUGGAGAAAAACUUAGCUGGUUGGGGUUGAAUUUGUACCCAUCUCUUACCUUGUUUGGUGGCUGUAGUGUAUUGCAUUACCACUAUUUGGGCAUUUCUCAAUUAUGCUUUCAUUAAAUCUACUGUCCUUGUAUUUAGAGUAAAAUUAGUACCAGUAAUUGUGAGUAUUGUAUGGUAAAAAAGCUAUCUUGAUCAUUGAGUUAUAGACAGUUAAAUCAGAGCAAUUAGAGAAGUCACGACCUAUGAAUAUUUUACUGUGGCCCAUACCCUAUCAGGUCAAGUAAUGGAGUGUCCCUAACUUGCUUCAAGUGGAGAGUGAAAAAAAAGAGGAACCAAAGAGAAGUGGUGUCCAGGAAGCAACAGCUUAUCUCAAUUUUGGCCAAAAAAUCCUUGAGAUUGCAGGGCAUCACUUUAUUUUACUCUUGCUAAACAACUUGAGAACGUCUGUAUUUAGGAGUAUUUUGAGGCGUGACUUCUCUCAUUCCCAGUGCCUAUCGAUUCUGACUGGCUCCGACGUCGUGGGCGCAUCGUGGAGCGACCCUGGAUAUCCCACUAUGGCGGUGUAUUUUGUUGAUUGCGCCGUGUUUCUUUCGCUCUCAUGCUGCUUUGAGGUAACUUACGGUGAAAAAGUAAAGAAAGGUUAGUCUACAC